AUGGCAGGCGGUCACAUGAAAUAUCGCCACCUUAGUCGGUCGUCGUCGCAUCGCCAAGCGCUCCUGCGAAACCUCGUCACAUCGCUCUUCAAGCACGAAACGAUAGCGACAACAUGGCACAAGGCGAAGGAAGCCCAGCGGUUAGCGGAGAAGCUGAUUACUCUUGGAAAGAAGAAUACGGAGGCGACACGGCAGAGAGCGACUCAAAUAUUCUUCGAACCAAAUGAAAUGGUACCCAAGCUAUUUGGCCCCAUAAGGAAGCGCUACGAAGCGAGACCCGGCGGCUAUACUCGAGUCCUCCGCAUUGAGCCCAUGAAAGAAGACCAGGCCGAAUCCGCCAUCCUCGAACUCGUAGACGGUCCAAAAGACAUGCGCUUCGCCAUGACCGCAAAGACACUAGCACGAAGACCGGCAAAGUUAGGCUUGAGCCCAGGAAUCGCAACACACGUUAAGAAGGUCACACAGUUCCGCAAGGAUGGUGUCAACGGCUUGCGGAAAAUGGUACAGAUACUACGGAAACAACAUGCCAAGGGUAUGGAUGACAGGAUAUUACCCGCGCCUAGGAAGGUAUAUCCCGAGCCUCAGAUGAAGAGGGACAUGCAUUACUUUGAGGAGGUUGAUAGUGGCAAGUUCCCGAACAAGAUCGUACGAGUAGGAAAGACAACGAACGUGAAGUCAAGAGCAAAGCCAAGAGCGAAGCCAAGAGUGAAGCCAGCAGAGGAGAACAAGAAGGAAGAUUACUUGGUCAAGGAGUAA